AUGUCUGCCGCCGUCAUCGGCUCCACCGGCCUCGUCGGCUCGCACAUCCUAUCCAACCUCCUAGCCGGCGACAUCUACAAGCCCGUCCACACAAUCACCCGCCGCGCCCCCAAGCCCUCCUCGCCGAACCUCAGCUCCAUCGUCGACGCCGACACCACCAAAUGGGCCGCCGCGCUGACCGGCCUCUCGCCCGCCCCAGCCGCCGUCUUCUCCGCCCUGGGCACCACGCGCGCCCAGGCCGGCGGUCUCGAGAACCAGCGCAAGAUUGACCACGACCUCAACAUCGAGCUGGCCAGGGCGGCCAAGGAAGCCGGCGUCGCCACGUUUGUAUUCAUCUCCAGCGCCGGCUCCGACGGCCUCCUGUCCGGCUGGGCCCCCUACAGCAAGAUGAAGAAGGGGGUGGAGGAUGCCGUCAGGGAGCUCGGCUUCGACCACGCCAUUAUCCUGCGGCCCGGUAUGAUCCUGGGAGAGCGCGAGACCAGCCGCGCCGCCGAGGGGUUCGCGCAAGCCGCCGUGAGGGGCUUGGGCAAGCUCAGCAGCGGCGUCCAGGAUGCCCUGGGGCAGGACGCCGAUGCUAUUGCCAGGGCGGCUGUCAAGGCUGCCCAGCUGGCGGGCGAGAACAAGGCGCCCGACAAGUUUUGGAUCAUUGGGGGGCAUGAGAUUUUGAAACUGGCACGUGCUGGGAAGGAGGAGCCUAAGGCUGCGGAAUCUUCAAAGUAA